UUCAGCGAGCUGGACGCUUCGAGAAGAGGCUCCACCGCCAAGCCCGACGACAUCGAGAUCACGCCCUUAAACAACGAGACGAGAGAGCUGCAAAGCGGGACUACAAUAGUGGAGAAGCAAUCGCCUGCGGACAUCGAAAAACCGCGCCGUCGGUUCGUGCCUGGAUUCAUGCACCGCAAGGCCGAAUCCCGCGCGGAAGAGGAGCAGGAGCGGCCCAAAAAGCGGCCUUGGUAUAAAGGCAAGGAGUUGCAUCACUCGGAACCCUUCACAGUGCGCAAUCAGCUGGGCGCAACCAUCUUCAAUUCCUGGGUUAAUGUCUUGCUGAUUGCGGCGCCGGUUGGCAUUGCGCUCAACUACGUGGGGGUUGACGGGAAGGCGGUCUUCGUCGUCAACUUCAUCGCCAUUAUUCCCCUGGCAGGCUUGCUGAGCUUUGCGACCGAGGAGAUUGCGCUUCACGUGGGUGAAAGUUUAGGUGGUCUUCUGAAUGCCUCUUUUGGUAAUGCGGUCGAGAUGAUCGUGGCAAUCAUCGCAUUGGCCAAGAACGAGGUGGUGGUUGUCCAGACAUCCUUGAUUGGAAGUAUCCUGUCCAAUCUUCUGCUCGUCAUGGGGAUGUGUUUCUUCUUUGGUGGGCUCAGGAGAAAAGAACAAUUCUUCAACAAGACCGUGGCCCAGACCGCCGCCAGUUUACUUGCUCUCGCGGUAGGCAGUGUUAUCAUCCCCACCUGUUUCGAUCAAUUUAGUUCUACGGGUGCUGCUCCGAUCGCUGCGCUCUCUAGAGGAACCUCGGUGAUUCUGCUUGUUGUUUACGCCGGAUACCUCUUCUUCCAGCUCAAGACGCAUUCCGAUGUGUUCAAUGAGGAGAGUCAGAAAGUUGCCAUGAAACCACGGAAGCACGCCCUACAAGAAGGAGCUGUGAUGAGGGGUCUUGCAACGGCCGGUGGCAUUGGGGCGGGGAUUGGCAGGGCACUCCCGGAAGAUGGACCUUCGAAUAAUAACUUUUUCGAACCAAACCCGCAAGACGAAGAGCCGGAGGAACCGCAACUUCACAUUGCCGUCGCAUGGGCUACUCUUGCUGGAGCUACGGCUAUCAUUGGGCUAUGCGCAGAAUUUAUGGUCGAUGGUAUCAGCUCUAUUACCGCCAGCGGGAGCGUCUCUGUAGAAUUUGUCGGUCUGAUCCUACUUCCCAUCGUUGGCAACGCUGCAGAACACGCCACAGCCGUGACCGUAGCCUGCAAGGAUAAGAUGGAUCUUGCCAUAGGAGUCGCCGUUGGAUCUAGCAUGCAGGUUUCUCUCCUCCUGCUCCCGUUGAUGGUUAUAAUCGGAUGGAUCAUGGGCAAUGAUUGCAUGACGCUUGACUUUGAUGGCUUCCAAGUCGCCGUUAUGUUCGUUGCUGUCUUGUUGGUCAAUUAUCUAAUUGGAGAUGGGAGCUCGCAUUGGCUUGAAGGGAUGCUUUUACAGAGCCUAUACAUCAUAAUUGCGGUUUGUGCCUUUUAUUACCCGCAAACAAGCCCGACAUGUCAAUCGACAGUUAGUUCAUAGAGAUACGCUCUCUUUAUUUAGGUGUAGAGGUCGAACGAGCUUCGGCGUAAACAGCGGCCGUACCAGCCUUUCCGAUCGAGUCGAAAAUAAUAUACCCUGCAUGAUGUUCUUUCUUUACACGCUCUCCAUCGAGUACAUCCGUCAUUACACGGCCACUUUCCACAUAUUUCUCAGAUCGCUCGCAGGCCCGAGGAGUUCCCUUCAAUAUACAACAUAUUCCACCCUCAUUAACACCCGUGCCCGGAGACGCGAGCACUCAACACAUUCUCCUAUGUCCGCACGCACGUCUGCACCAGCAGAAAUACAGAUCUUUGAUCGCCAGCCACUCGGACAAUCUUCUCCUUGCUGUACACAUCAUAGAACCCCGGGAGAGAGAGACCUGGGAAGCCUGAUC